ACAUUUAUAUAUUAUACAAAUUAAUAUUUUAAAAUUGGCUGUUUUAAUGCUUUGAGGAGUUGUGGCUACUGGCCUCAGUAGCCUAUUUCUAAAAUUCUGCCUAUGGUUCUGCAUUCAGGUGCUUAAUUACCGUAAUCAAGUCACAAAUUAGUUAUUGACUGCCUAUUAUAUUCCUCAUCUCACUUGUAAGGUAUUGUCAGUGAUUUAAUAAAAUUGCUGGGAUAUAGGGUGUAGAAAAGUUUGAACAUUUGGAUAUUUAGCAGGAAAAUACACAGUGCACAGACAGGCACGUGCGCAAUCUCAAAGCCCGUUUAGCGCGCGCACGGCAGGUUGGUUGUGUUAAUUUACUGAAGAUGGUCAGAGAAAUACAGCAGGUGUUGCGGUUGGUCAUGCUAUUGGGGAAGCAAAGACAACAGCAUGGUUUGAAGACUACAGGAGGGCUUUUGGUACUUCUGUGGACUGAAACAGGAGCUUCUGUUCAAAGUCUAAACUGCACUGUGGCAGCUGCUGGUCCCUGGUGCAUAGGGAUAAAAAUGAAAAGACUCCAAUCUGUCCUCACAGAUUUAAAAGAGACCAUGUUUCCUUGUGCGUGGCCGUGUUCUCUGCCUGACCCUGAGGAGCUGUGUGCCUUCACAGAUCUGUAUGGUUCCCUCAGAUUUCUCCUGUCUUUUCAGAUGAAAGAUGUGAGACUUUUCAGUCCAGAGUGGUGUGCUCGUAUAGAAGCAUUCCUACACGCAUUCAGUUUGGCUAACGCAAGGAUCCAAAUCCACCUCAAAUUCAAAUUCAGUCAGCAGACGUUCCUGCGAGAGUUUAGAGGGAAGAUCAAGAGUAAAGUUGCAUGGGCGGACCAACCCUCACUGAUCUUGGAUGUCACCUCUAGAAUACAGCCUCCAGAAUGGGUGAGGAAAGGACGCUGGUGUCAGGGAGGACACCCUAUCCUUGGAGACAGGGUGCCACUCAGUAUCCCACCUGAAGCCAUGGACCAGGGCCUGUUUGGGGAGCUCACCAUCCAGCCUGUCACACUCCUGAGCCCCUGUGUGCUGCAGUACCCCAAUCUGGCAACACAACUCACUCACAUACAAGUGUUGGUAUACAGCCCCAGUAAUGUUCCUAUCGCAAGCCCCUCAACCUUCUUCCUGAACCUACCUGCACAUCUGGAUUGUCAGGAACUGGGCUUGCAGGGCCUUCACUGCUCCUCCAUCAAAGAUCUUGUGCACAGCGGUGUCUCUGUAUACAGUGUAGAGCAAGAAAAUGGUGAGGGUCAAGAGCAAGAAUCAAGUUUUUCCUCUGUGCAGCAGAGUCUCUUGCUUUUCCUCUUCCUGCAGCACAGUGACCCGUUCACCUGCCAGCUCUCCGAUAUUAUGGCCACAGAGGCGCUGAUAGAGCACCACCUGGAGGAUAUUCUGAACAACAACAGGCAGGCGGUCACAACAGCCCUGCAGACUGAGCUGAAGAACGCACUGCAAGUCCAAAAUCUUAGAAACAAGGACCAAGAGAAGCUGCGUUCAGCUGCUGAGGUGAUUCUCAGUUCGUCCAUCAGUAUUGUGAGCUGCAGCAGUAACAUGAACUUCAGAAAUGCCUGUCUGAACAGCAUGAAGGCGUGUGACACUCAUGACCUGUCAGACUCCCUCCAUGAAUCCCUGAGGAGGGUGACAUCAUGGAAAUUCAUUCCCAGAGCCAGGUGCUUUUCAGCUCAGAUGGAAGAACAUCCUGAGAGUGAUGAACCCACCAGAACAGAAGUCUGAGAACAUCUGUGUUCUGGGUGAAGAGUGUGGAAGUACUUAGACUGGAAUUAAUGUUGUUGCAAUUUAAAGUGUGAUAGAAGUUCAUGUUGCAAAUGUACUGGUGAAAGAAAUAGCUAUUUCAUUUGUGCAUUGUUUAAAUUAUAGUUUGUGUGUUGCACCAGAUGUGAUUGUUUUUUAACACAGUUGUAAGAUAGAAAAUGUUCCAAAAGAGAUCUACCUUGAACUCGAACUUCUGCUGUUUUUUUCUAUUAUUUACCCCUAAAUAAACAAUAUGGUACAAUUAG